UCACGUGUGUAUGCUAAUCAUUAAAUCCCCCUAUUAGCAGUCUAUUUGUAGCCAAUGUGGAUUUGCGAGCUAGUUGGCUGUGUGCUAGAAGAGGGACAGAAGCCAUACUGUUACCUAUCCAACAUGUAGCAGCUGUCGUCUUGACAUGACCAUUAAAAUGGCUUCAUGGAGAUGUAGUCUCACGUUACCAUAUCCCCAAAAAUGCGUCCUAAUAGCACCCAAUCCCUAUGUAGUCCACUACUUUUGACUAGGGCCCAUACGGCUCGGGUAAAAAGCAGUGCACUAUAUAGGAAAUAGCGUGCCAUUUGGGAUGCACACCAAGUAUCAUUCAUCACUCUGCUAUUUCCGAACGAAUGUGAAGAAGCCUGUGUAUUGAGGUUAAUGGACAGGAGGCCAAGAUCGCCACCAUUUGGGCACAAAGCUACAAUUCUCAUUAUUGUCCUAUAACCUUUAACCUGGUCACCUCAAUUCGAAUAACAUUCUACAAUCACGAUGCUUCUUUUAUGUAGACCCGUCCAAUUGUCUUAGUUCAGUGUAUUUUGAUGAAAUAUCCUAGCAAUGCUUUGAUGGUAACAUGAUUUGGAUGUGAUAAUAAUAGCAGAGAGAGGACCCUGCCUGGCAUCACUGAGCUGUUUAUAACACUUGAGAGAGAUCUAUAGUCUAGUAGACAUACACUCUGGGGAACUGAGAACUUACUCUGGAGCCACUUCUCUCCAACCAAAUGAGGUACUUGGAUUUUAAUUGGACUGAUUUGAAUUGAUUGAGUUGAACUGAACUGGAUUGAUUGGACUGAAAUGGACCUUUGCUGAGUAAUCUGGAUUGGAUCAAGGUAUACAGACAGGAUCUCUAUGGGAUGAGCUGCUUGUUGUUUUUAUCAUGGAGAAGACGGGCCUAAUGGAAAUACUCUUCAUUACUUUCAAUCACAACGUCACUUUUCUGGGGAAGACAUGGUUGAGCUUGAUGGUGGUCCUGAGGUUACUCAUCCUCCUGUUCUCUGGCUAUCCCCUCUUCCGGGACGAGCAGGAGCACUUUGUGUGCAACACCAUCCAGCCGGGCUGCACCAACGUCUGCUUCGACUGCUUUGCUCCCCUCUCCCUCUUCCGCUUCUGGCUGUUCCAACUGAUCAUGCUCUGUCUCCCUCACCUGAUGUUCAUCUCUUAUAUCAUCCACAAAGUAUCGUCAACUCUCCGUAUCAGAGGGAACUAUUUCUCUGGGAGCAGAAGUCAGACCGGAGCAGGCACUCUGUGCACCCCUCUACAUGCUCUACCAAAAGGAACACCUAUCUUUGUAAGUGCCUAUCUUCUGGAUGUGAUACUGCGGAUUCUGCUGGAGGCAGCGUUCAGUGCCGGACAGUACUACCUCUAUGGCUUCUCUGUCCCCAGGAGCUUCCAGUGCUAUGAAUUUCCCUGUACGUCCAUGGUGGAGUGCUACAUAUCCAGCCCCACAGAGAAGACCAUCAUGCUCAACUUCAUGCUGGCGGCUGCCUCCCUCUCUCUGCUACUGAACUUGGCAGAUCUUGUGUGCUCUGUGCAAUGGAUGGUGACACAGAGGACCAGGAGAAAGGGCAGACGGUUGAUGAAAGGUGGGGUUGGGGAGGACAUGGAAGUCCUGUACAACCAGAACCACAAGACCCUCAAAACUGUCCUCAAGAGAGGACAAAGUCACAUGGACAAACCGACCUUGAACUGUAAACCAAACGGUGACCUUUCACACAGAAGAGUCAGAAUAAAUGAUGAGACUCGCGUUAGGGUGGUUGCCCAACCACUGCAGGGGAGCAGGCUGCCACGGAGGGAUGCAAAGAUUGAGCCGCUAUUUCACCCCAUUCCUAUGGGGGCUCCAUGGAGCGGGCACUUCGUUCAUCCCAACCACAUCUCCCGUUCAUCUUCCGUCCCUCUCUCCCGGCAGUUAGAGAGAGACCCAGUAGUAGUGUCACGCCAAUUUACACCCUCACAAAUGUACAGUGGUCGGAGGCAUGGCCAGUCCACCAUGGUAGACGCAACACUCCUGGAGCAGCAUCAUGAUAGUGCAGAAUCCCGUGAUAGGCUCCUGGACGACAUCAACCUGCAGGAUGUAAGGGGCUCCUCAAGCUCUUCCAGUGAUUCUUCUUCCUCAUCAGAUGCUCAGUAAAGUAGAUUGUUUUAUUUAGACCUAUGUAAUUCUAUGCGAAGCAGCAACACAACAAUGGGAGAGCUGUGUUUUUUAGUUCAACAACUCUGAUGAUUUACUCAUUACAUACACUUAAAUUCAUUUUUCCCCAAAUUGUAAUAAUAGGCUACAUUGCAUUUUGCUGUUGUGACUUCACACUUUCAGCUCUACAAACAGAAUGUGUUCACUGUAUGUGUUAGCUAACAGAAUUAUAAUGGGUGAUCCAAUUAAUGCCAGUUAGUUGACCUUCAAUAGCAAUGAUGGCCGCACUCCGCUGUUGUUCAGCUCACACGGUCUUUCAUUGGGUUCCCAAACAACAGUCAGACAAGACUGAUGUGCUCCGACUCAUCAGAAGCUAAGACCACUUGGAGAACUGAGGGAAACAAAGGAACAUUACUCCUCUACCAGGGUGGCAGGUAGCCUAGCGGUUAAGAGCGUUGGGCCAGUAAUCGAAAGGUCUAAUCCCUGAGCCGACUAGGUGAAGAAUAUGUUGAUGUGCCCUUGAGCAAGGCACUUAACCCAAAUUGCUCCUGUAUGUCACUCUGAAUAACAGUGUCUGCUAAAUUAAUAAAUUGUAAAUGUCAGGAGGGGCUUUGCAGGAGGCCAGUGAUGGAAAAGUUGAGGUGAAUGCAAGCCUACCUACUGUCAACAAUGCUGUGGAUGUCAGCUCAAGUGUAAAUUACAUUUAAAAGUCAAACACAAUGCGCUGCUCUACAACGUGCCUUGGAUUCAAUCCUGGCCGAAGCCUUCGUGUUGUUUUGAGUGUAGGGGAGAGCCAUUUGUUACAUUCAGCAUCACCCCUUCAAGGGAAAUAUAGUUUUCUUUCUAACAAAGAUAUUUACAUAUAUUUCAGUAUGUUGUGCAUCCCUGGAAAUAAUUUUAAAAACAGUUUUGAAAACAUACACUAUAUAUACAAAUGUAUGUGGACCCCUUCAAAUGAGUGGAUUUGGUUAUUUCAGCCACACCGUUGCUGUAUAAAAUCAAGCACACAGUCAUGCAAUCUCUAUAGACACACAUUGGCAGUAGAUUGGCUGAAGUGCUCAGUGACUUUCAACAUGGCACCGUCAUAGGAUUGACAUUUUAGUCAUUUAGCAGAUGCUCUUAUCCAGGGCAACUUACAGUAGUGAGUGCAGACAUUUUCAUACUGGUCCCCCGUGGGAAUCAAACCCAUAACCCUGGCAUUGAAACCACCAUGCACUACCAACUAAGCUACAAAGGAUGCUAUCUUGGUGAAAACCAAGUCAGUUGGUCAAAUUUCUGACCUGCUAGAGCUGCGCCAGUCAACAAUAAGCGCUGUUAUUGUGAAUUGGAACCGUCUAGGAGCAAAAAUGGCUCAGCCGCAAAGUGGUAGGCCACUUAAGCUCACAGGAUGGGACCGCCGAAUGCAGAAGCGCGUAGCAGGUAAAAAUCAUCUGUCCCCGGUUGCAACAAUCAUUACUGAGUUCCAAACUGCCUCUGGAAGCAACGUCAGCACAAGAACUGUUUGUCGAGAACUUCAUCAAAUGGGUUUCCAUGGCCGAGAAGCCGCACACAAGCCUAAGAUCACCAUGGCAAUGCCAAGCGUUGGCUUGAGUGGUAUAAAGAACGUCCACAUACUUUAGUAGUGUAUCUUUUCCAAAGAAAGUGGUCCCUUGGAACAACUUACGUAAGUGGGUGAUGAUGCUGGUCGGUCAAAGGUUAAUUCAAGGAAUGGGGUUGUGGUAUAUGCAUCUUAAAUGUAUGCCUACAUUCAGAUAUAGUUGUCUGGGACAGGGAUGUUGUUUCGUUUUUCAAUUCGUAGGCAAGUUCUCUACAUUUAUAUCAUUUGUUUUUUAAGUAAUUAUACAGACUAUUAAACAUUUAUGUACACAUGGGGCUGCCAUAAUCAUUACCUUGUUUGUUUUAGGGCUCCCGAGUGGUGCAGCUCAGUGCUAGAGGCAUCACUACAGACCCUGGUUCAAUUCCAGGCUGUAUCACAACCAGCUGUGAUUGGGAGUCCCAUAGGGCGGCACACAAUUGAGCCAGCGUUGUUUGUAUAGGGUUUGGCCGGGGUAGGCUGUCAUUGUAAAUAGGAAUUUGCUCUGACUUGCCUAUUUAAAUAAAAAUAUUUUUAAAAGUCCACGAAACAACAGGGUCGCGUAACAUCUGAAUAAGUGUAUGCCAUUGUCUUUACUGCCCUCCACUGGUAGAUAAAUGAAAGUGCAGAUACAAGAAAGAACCACUCUGCCAGAGAUACUGUAUGUAGAUAUUUUUCCUUAACUGUGAAUUAUUUUUAUAUUUUAAAUCAUUUUUAUUUUCUGAAUUUGUUUUGCAAGCAUGAUGUUUGGUGUUCACAUGGGAAAACCACAACAGUGAGUCAGCUCCUACUCAACCUUAUUGAUCCACUGUUCAUAUGCAUCCCAAAUGGCACCCUAUCCCUAAAUAGUGCAUUACUUUUGACCGGAGCCAUGUUCAUCUGAAAAUGAUCCAACCCUCACUGGUCCUAUAUGCUGUUGGUACAGUACUCAGAUAUCAUGGUUGACAGAAACUAGUGAUAUAUUAAUAUAGGCAGAGAAUUCAGCAUUGAGCAUAAGAGAACAUCAAAAAUAUAUAACAUAUCAACCUGUCCUAAAAAAAAACAAAUUGUUAGAUUUGGUAAGAAACUCCGUUCUCCUUCAUUUAGUAUGAUACAUUACGUUAGGUUACAUUAUGAAUGGAAUAGCAGUUGUACAAUAUCAUAGAAAUGAGAGGACGUAGAGUAUAUGUUUUACUUGAUCAAACAAUAAAUAGCAUACGAAUUGGAUGUUGUAACUUAUAAUACAUCUUGGAGGACAUAUAGUAUUAUAAGUCUUUCUCUGAGACCAGAUUGCAUGUUGCGAAGAGAAUUCAGUAGGAUUAUAUGUUUGUUGUCCUUGGUGACAGAAAAAUCCAUUCUCACUCCUUGGAUGUUGAUGUCGGAGUAAAUGUAGAGAUCACUACAUACAAUGGACGAUUCCCAGCAAGCCUACAGGGUUGCAUUCAUUAUUGCGAACCGUAUCAAAACGUAGCAAACUGUUUUGCAACAGAAAACGAAAACGAGCAUUUCUUACAGGAUAAAGUCAGAAAGUCCCUUCCUGUUUUAGUAUGUUUUCUUUGUUUGGGGCCUAGUGAAUAUGACUCUGUUGUGUAAUGGAAAUAAGUGGAGAUACAGUAUACAGGCUAUUAGUGUUCUCUGUGUAUUGAAGUAUUAGAAAACACUGUCAGGGUUGAGGCAACAUAGAAUAGAUAUGCAAAAUUGUUGUUUUUCCUGUAUAUGGAAAUGGAAAUGGAAAUGUCAUGCAUACAUUGACUUACUCACAAACUCAUACAUACACACUUUCACGGACAUGGACUGACAGAUAUAGCCAUAACCGUUGACCUAUGCCACUCUCACCUCUAGUCUAAUUUUGAGUGAUGAAUGAACGAUGUACAACCCUGUCUGAA